ACCGAAUGCUGACAUAUUUCUGUUUAUUACCGUUACUAAUUGGAUUAGUAUCUGUUUGUCUGACAUGCCCCGCGGCCUAAAGGGACAAUUAUUACAGCUCUUGCAUAAACAUGACAUGCUUUCCGCCAUUUUGAAGGGACAAGUUCUUAUAGUCUUGUUUAAAAGUCUAAUAUAUUCUGUGCUGUAACUUGUCCAUGAUGUUACGAGAAUUUGUUACAGCAUAGACGGAAAAUAUUACAUCACAGACAAUUUUACUUUAUUGUAUCAUGAAAAUCUCAAAUUAAGUUAACAGUUGGGUUUAUUUUGAAGUUUCGUCCCUGUCAAAAUAAUUCAUAGUGAAACGGACAGGAUUUAUGUUUAUUCUGGUAUUGCUAAGAUGUUAAAAUGGACAUAUGGAACUUCUUUGUUACAUGAUGGACAUCAGAGAUAAAACAUGUGUUACAAGCAGAGACAUCAGGUGAAACAGACAGGUUACAGUAGAGACCACUUUCAUUGCAAGAAAAUGCACACAAAAAAUGAAAAUGGGGAAGAUGUCCAAUGCGGAACGACAACGAAAGUUUAGUUUAAACAGAGAUGCCAGCCCCACGAAGGGGCAAGCCUACCUUACAAAAUGUAAACAGAAAAUAUAAAAAUGAUAAGCUAUGUGGUUAAAGAAAGUUGGUGAAAGAUAUGACAGACAGAGAACGCAGACAUGCCAGAAAGCAAUGGCGAAACGAAAAGAAGGUGUUAAGGAAAAGACAGGAAAAGGAAAAAGAGUUCCAGAGAACUAUUAUCACACCUCCGUCUUCUCCAGAGCACGUAGAAAAUCAGAAAGGAAUAUCAAGACAAAAACAACAAGCACGUAAACAGCAGAACAAGGAAAGAGCCAAAGUCUAUUUUUAACCGAGCCAUGACAAUGUAGAGAGUCAAAACCUUCCUGGAGACCACUUGAAGAACUCACAAGAACAGAACUCGGAAGAUGGUGUGACAGUUUAUGUCUAUAAGAAUAAGAAUGGACUGUAUGAAAUUUCGUUUGAGGAAAGGGAAGAUGAAAUGAAUGUAGAACAAGAGAAAGAAAUAUCUAAAGAAUCAGAGGAAAGAGACUCUACAGAACAAGAAUUUGUGACGACUAUGAGAGAUACAAAUAAAAUGAGUGUAGACCAAGAGAAAGAACAGCCCAAAGAAUCUGAGGAAAGAGAAUCCACAAAACAAGAAACUAUGACGACUAUGAGAGAUACGAAUGAAAUGAGUAUGAGUGUAGACUAAGAGAAAGAAUUAUCCAAAGAAAUAGAGGAAGAUCAAUCUACAAAACAAGAAACUGUGACGAGUAUUAGUGAUACGAAUGAAAUGAGUGUAGAACAAGAGAAAGGAGUAUCCAAAGAAUCAGAGGAGGGAGAAUCUACAGAACAAGAAACUAUGACCACUAUUAGUGAUACGGAUGAAAUGAAUGUAGAACAAGAGAAAGAAUUAUCUAAAGAAUCAGAGGAAGGAGAAUCUACAGAACAAGUACCUAUGACGACUAUUAGUGAUAUGAAUGAAAUGAGUGUAUGACAAGAGAAAGAAUUAUCCAAAGAAUCAGAGGAAAGAGAAUCUACAGUACAGGACACUGUGACAUCUUUGCGAGAUACGAAUGAAAUGAGUGUAGAACAAGAGAAAGAUUUAUCCAAGGAAUCAGAGGAGGGUGAAUCUACAGAACAAGAAACAGUACCGACUAUGAGAGAUACGAAUACAAUGAGUGUAGAACAAGAGAAAGAACUGUCCAAAGAAUCAGAGGAAAGAGAACCUAUAGAACAAGGAAUUGUGACGACUAUGAGAGAUACGAAUGAAAUGAAUGUAGAACAAGAGAAAGAACUGUAUAAAGAAUCAGAGGAAAGUGAAUCUGUAGAAGGUGAAGGUGAAAAUAAGAGGUCCAUGGAUAAUGCACAUGGUAUCAAUGAAAGACAAGAAAACGAAAUGAGUGAAAAAUCAAUGGACUGUGACAUUUAUUACACUGUAAAUGAUUCAGUUGACACUAUUAAAAGCAAUGUCGUUUUAAAAACAGGGUAGAAAAAAACGAACUGAAGCAAGAGUCUGAAACAAAACAUAUCAGCAUAAAUAUGCGAAUGAAACGGAUUAAAGUUGUCAAUGAAAGGUUGAAUGAAUUGCUGCUAUCAAGGGAAUCAGUCUUUGAAUGAAUGAGAUACCAAUCUCUGUUGGUCAUUCUAUAUAAGAAGUCGAGACGUACAAUCAUUGCUCAAGAGAUUUUACAGUUACGGAUUUACUGUUAGUUUUGUGUUUGACUGGUUAAAAGUAUUCAUUGAGAAAUAACAUUCUCAUUUUGUUGUUGUUACAUUAAAACUUUGUAUAGUUGAAGUUAUUUUGUGAACAUCAUGUUUGAAUAUCCGACUUUUGAGUAUUUGACAACAUUUUCUUAUCUAAACGAUAUUGAGAAAGGUUGUUCUCGUAUUUUCGUAUUAGAAGUUUUCAUAUGCAAGCUUUUGAUUUGAACAAGAGUUAGAACAGGAAAUCUCAUAUUUCGUUAGAGUUACAGUUUUGAUUUACAAUAUUGAUAUUUGUUUGAACAGCAAUUGAGAAAAAAUCUCUCGAUUUAUUCUUUGAGGUUCGAUUUUGUAUUAGUUAAUUUGUUUUAUUUUUUAAGAGUUAUAUAGUUCUACUAAUUAUAAUUAUGCAAUUGCCGGUCUUAUGAAAAUAAAACGAGCUUUUCGAGCUUUUAUGUCUAUGAUGUAACAUAAUUCCAAAUUGGAAUGAAAAAAAACACUAAGUAUUAUUGUGUUUCCUCAAACAUUGAUAUAAAACUCUACAAACACAUUAUGUGUUUACUAUUUCAUCUUUUACAUCUAAAAGCUAGGUUUCGAAUCAAUAAUAUGAAUUGUUUUGAUUUUUCGAAUAUGUCUAUCCUGUAACGCAAAAUGUCCAUCCUGUAACAUGUUUAAUAACAUUCAAUGCCUUUCAUAAUGUGGAAACCAUACUAAUUCGAUACUCUUAGUACAAGUGGAAGUUGACGUAUGUUCUGUUAUAUUUGAAUUAGAGAUUUGUUUCAAAAUGUUAAAUAAAAAUGUUUAAUUUAAA